CACAACCUGGCCUGCCUAUAUGAUGGAGGUCACCAAGUCAUCCUACACCCUCGCAACCCCGCCGGAAAAUCCCGCCGCCGCCGGCCGCUCCCGCAACCACCGGAAGGGCUGCAUGCGCGGCAAAGGCGGGCCGGACAACGCCCUCUGCAAGUACCGCGGCGUCCGCCAGCGCACCUGGGGCAAGUGGGUCGCCGAGAUCCGCGAGCCCAACCGCGGCAACCGCAUCUGGCUCGGCACCUUCAACACCUCCCUCGAAGCCGCCCAGGCCUACGACGACGCCGCCCGCCGCCUCCACGGCACCUGCGCCAAGCUCAACCUCCCGCCGCAGCCAUCGGCGGAGCUCUACCUCGAAGCCGACCCGCCCGAGGACUCCGUCUUCGGCGAGGCCAACUGCGUCUGGGACACGGCGGCGCCGACGCUGCUCAGCGCCGGCUGGCCGGAGCUCCCCAUGGAGAAUUUCGCCGACGUGAUGACGACCGGCGAUUGGGAUGACUUCCAAGUCCCCUGGGCCUUCUAGAAGGAUCUGAUAGUCGCGAUAUUGUGGUUUUAUAUUUAAUUUUACCACGUGGGUUUUUUUUUGUUACCUUGUGAUUUUAGUCAUUUCAUAAAUACACACACACAGAUCGAUUUGUAGAAUAUUACAUAAUUUGUUGUUUGGGUUAACGUUUGUGUUUUGAAGUAGUGAAGGAUCAAAGGUAGUGUUUGGGAAUAUAAUACAAUAGGAUACACAUUUGAAUAUGA